UCGUCGGCUCGUUUUCCCAGGUGUACUUCCCCCCCCUACCCCCAGCUCUUACUCCGGGCUCACCCUCUAACCUAGAGGCCUGGGCGCUGCCCCUCCACCUUCCGGGCCCUCCUGCUUGGGAUGGCGGCGCAGCCCUGUUCCCGACCAGCCUCGAAGCUUUGGGGGAAGCGCGCGGGAACAUGGGGGACCGGGAGUCCCCCAGAGCUGGGGGCGGCAGAGGGGCCGGGGCGGCUUGGGGCGCGGGCCCAGGCCCAGGGCGACGGCGCCCCGAGGAGGCUCCCCGAGGGGGCCCGACAAGCCCCGGUCUGCCAGCCAUCAAUGACCUUCAAAGAUGUUGCAGUGGACUUCACCAGGGCAGAAUGGGAGCACUUGGAUUCAGCCCAGAGAGAUCUCUAUAGAGAUGUGAUGCUGGAGAAUUACAAGAACCUCAUCUCCCUGGGGUUUUCGAUUUCCAAACCAAAGGUGAUCUCCAAGUUAGAAAGAGGAGCGGCACAAUGGAUGCUUGGGAAAAAAGUUCCAAGGAGGCCCUUCCCAGGUCGCCUUUCUCAGAAGAGUACAGGUAAAAACAAGGAUUCCAUUCCAAAGCAGUGUGAUUAUAUUUCAUCAACAAAAAGACUUAUAGUGAAUAGUAAUGAAUGUGUUGAAGCCUUACGACAGAACGGAUACCUUAGGGGACAUCAGAAAAUUCAUAUUGGAAAGAAACUCUAUAGAUGUAAUGAAUGUGAAAAAGCCUUCAAUUCCAAUUCAAGCCUUACUGUACAUCAACGAAUUCAUACUGGAUUAAAACCGUAUAUGUGUACUGAAUGUGGGAAAGCCUUCAGCCAGAAAGGAAACCUUACGAAACAUAAAAGAAAUCAUACUGGGGAGAAAUCCUAUAAAUGUAAUGAAUGUGGAAAAGCCUUCAGAGACAGAGGAUACCUUACUAUUCACCAGAAAAUUCAUACUGGGGAGAAAUCAUAUAAAUGUAAUGUAUGUGGGAAAGCCUUCAGCCAGAAAGGACACCUUACUGUACAUCAGACAAUGCAUACUGGAGAGAAAUCCUAUAAAUGUAAUGAAUGUGGAAAAGCCUUUAGCCAGAGGGGAAGUUUUAAUAUACAUCAGAAAAUUCAUACUGGAGAGAAAUCCUUCAAAUGUAAUGAAUGUGGGAAAGGUUUCAUUGAUAGAGGAAAUCUUAAUAAACAUUAUAAAAUUCAUACUGGAGAGAAAUCCUAUAAAUGUAAUGAAUGUGGCAAAGCCUUCAGCCAGAGGGGAAGUCUUAAUAAACACCAUAAAAUUCAUACUGGAGAGAAAUCCUAUAAAUGUAAUGAAUGUGGGAAAGCCUUCAGUCAGAGAAGUUACCUUACAAUACAUCAGAAAAUUCAUACUGGAGAGAAAUCCUAUAAAUGUGAUGAAUGUGGGAGAGCCUUUAGGCAGAAGGGACACCUCACUGUACAUCAGAGAAUUCAUACUGGAGAAAAACCCUAUAAAUGUAAUGAAUGUGGUAGAGCCUUCAGAAAGACUGGACACCUUGCUGUACAUCAGAGAAUUCAUAUUGGAGAAAAUCCUUUUAAUGCAAUGAAUGCUGAAAGACUUCAGUCACAAGACAUUCUUUAUUUAUCUUGACAGUUCAUGCAAGAUACAAACUUUCAAUAUAAUGACUGUGGGAGAGUUUUCACUCAAAGUGAAAAAAAUUACUGAAUUUAGACAUUCAUAGAAUUAGAGGGUUUGGAGUUAGAAGUCACUUUUUUUUUUUUUUUUUGGUUUUGGUUUUGAGAGGCAAUGGGGGUUAAGUGACUUGCCCAGGGUCACACAGUUAGUAAGUGUCAAGUGUCUGAGGCCGAAUUUGAACUCAGGUACUCCUGAAUUCAGGGCUGGUGCUUUAUCCACUGCGCCACCUAGCUGCCCCCUAGAAGUCACUUAUAAAAUCAUGCAUUCUAGUUCCUUGAUUUUUACAGCUGAUGGGGUAAAUGGGCUGGAAGCAAAGUGAGCUCCUCAAUGUUACUCAGGUAGUAAUUAGCAGGUCAAAGAUUGGAACUGAGAUCUGAGCCAAAUCCAGUUUUCUUUCCAUUACAUCAUGCUGACCUCAGAAUUCAUAUUGGAGAAAAAACCUUAGAAUGCAGAAUAUGAACUUGUCUUCAGCAGCAAUUCAUGCUUACUCCACAAAGAAUUUCAGAAUUGGAAAUGGCCUCCUUAGCUAUUAAAUGUAACUCAUACUUUAAAGGGAAUAUGACUAACACACACUCCCAGGAAGUGACCAUUCAGCUUUUACUUGAAGGUGUUUCAUAAGGGGUAAACCACUCCUUCCUGAGGCAGCCCAUUCCUAUUUGGAGUAGCUCAGGGGUGAGAGUGCAGAGGCAUCAAAAUGAGAUAUUCUGGAAAACAAAAGGCAACAGUUAUAUGUGUAAUAUAUGUAAAAUAUCAUUUAUGUAUUUUUUGAAGCAUGGUACUUAGAACUAACUACUCUAGAUGUAGUCUCAGCUCUCCAGAGUUCAAGGGAACUGUCACCUCCUUUUUCAUGGAAGAUGUGUUUGUCUUAUUGCAGCAUACAAUAAACAUUAGUUAUUUUGGUUGGCAUAUCAAACUUUUGGCCCAUUGGGCUGGCAGACCAUUAAAAUCCACAGAUCUCUUGCUCAUAAACCUGAUCUUAAGCAUACUUCCCUCAUCUUUUAGUUGUGAAGUUGAUUUCACUCCCAAGUAUAAAUUUUAUAUACAUAAUCACAUACAUUUAAUUUCUAUCUUUUUAGAUUCAGCCUAAUGUGCUGUUGUCAAGAUCUUUUAAAAUUUAAAUCCAGUUAUCCAAUGUAUUAGCUACACUUCCCAGAUUGAUGUGUCUACAAAUUUGAUAUGGAUACCAUCUAUGCCUUUCUCCAAGUCAUUGAUAAAAAUAGAACCUAAAUUUCAUUAAGUGUAAGGAUUGUAAGGACUAUAAUUUUGAGUUUAUCCCUAACACCAACCCCGCAUCAACUCUUCAGAACUAUUUGUUAAAUGAAUAAGUGUCAAAUGGCACAAAGCCAAAUGCUCAUCCCAGGAACACUUUACAGAAUACCUUAUGCCAAGGCGACAUUGAACAUUUAAUGAUUUCUCUUUGGGUUGUGAUUGAUUCAGUACAGAUAUAUGUAAUGUUUUACCUUUUAGGGUGAAAAAGAUUAACUUCACAAGUUCAGGAAUGGGAAUAUGAAGCAGCUUAAGAUCUGAAAAUGUUAAUGGACUUCAAACUCAAUAUGUAUCAGUAUUAUGAAGUGGGAACCAUAAAUUCUCACACAAUCUCAGAUUUCAUUAAGAAGCUUAACUUCAGGGGGCAGCUAGGUGGCGCUGUGGAUAAAGCACCGGCCCUGAAUUCAGGAGUACCUGAGUUCAAAUCCAGCCUCAGACACUUGACACUAGCUGUGUGACC